UCCUCAUCGUAAACACAAUUUUGUUAUGGCCGCCAGUAUUUCACAGACUACUGACGAAUUUAGAAGAAUUUUGCAACAGGCCAUAAAAGAGGGGAAAAUUGUAAAAGUAGCAGUUGAGAAGUGCCCUUUAUGUUGUGAAAACAGGAGCAAUCUUUUAUGUGAUACAUGUGUUAACAAAGGCGAAUUUACUCACACUCAAAGGAGAGACGGACGACGAUUUAGUGAAAAAAAAGUAGAAUGGGAGGUCAAAAAAAAAGAAAGAGAAGAUGUGUGCAAAAGAUUUGAAUUAGAGAUUGAGGACAUUGAAAGGGCAGAUUCAAAAAGGACAGACAUUGCACUUAUCAAAAAGAGGAUUCAACUUCUCAAGCAAGCAAUAACAGAAACUAAAGCAAAAUGUGAAGUUGACAAAGAAGUCUUGAAAAAAAGCAAAAAGAAACGAAGAGACCUGCAGGCCAGCUUGGAUCAAAACCAGGCUGUCAGUAUCCAGGUGGUCAGGCAGAAGGUGGUCUCACUCUCCGAGCUGCCCACGACCAGGCUCCCAUCUUUGCAAGAUCUUUGCGAGGUGGAGUUCAACAAAGACUGUGAUGUGAAGCAGUUGAUUCAAGCAGCUCUCAGAGCCCAGUCAAAAAGUGGGAAGGACGGGAAAGAAACAAAUCUAGAGAACAAAUCUGUGCCUGUUCUCAUAAAGGAGCUUGACCUGUACCACCAGUACCUGGCCCACAGAAGAGCAACAUUUGUCAAGAUUUUAUCCCAGAGGAUUUUCACCAUUGAAGAAGUUUUUGCACCUGUAGAUACUGACAGCUUGGAGAUGAGCAUGGCCACAGCACUCAGGGAUGCUUGUGAUACUGCAUUUAUUGGAGGGCGCUGGGUCCAUGGCGACCACAGGGGAGAGAACCACUGUAAAAUUGUGGGCUCUACCCUAGCAGACUACAGUGGAACCUCAUCAGCCAUUCAUUUGUUUGCCAUGGCAAGCAGGCAUACAUUAGAGAACCCAGAGAAAAUUCCUGUGGGUAACUCCAGCUACGGUGUUCUGUCAGCACUCACAUACACAUCCAUGUUUGUCAGACUGCUGUCCCACAUACUAGAUGUUCACCUACCCAGAAUGUGUUCAAUCAAAGAAGUUAAAGAUGACAUGACUGAGCAUGAAUUCUGCAACUUUGUCUGGCGUUUACACCAGAAUAUAUUACACCUGGCUUAUAGCCAGGACGUUGACCCUGAUAACCUUCUAGAAAACUUAUCCCUUCAGAAUAUUUUGACCAUCCUCCAUAGCCCAGGUCUUGGCAGGAGUGGGGCAUUUUGUCCAAACUAUGAAAUGCUAGUCGAAGCCGAACUUUGCCCCUUGGAGUACGACGACGUAGAGGAGGACACGGACCAGGCAGCAGCGGACAUGGACCUGUCCAGGGACUGGGAGCGCGUGCCGACAAGUCUUCCCACGUGCGACGCCUCAAACAUGGGCUUGUCCUCGCAGGUGGACAACAACACAUCCACCGCUGGUGCCUUGUUCAACGUAGCCAAUCGUGCGGCCGCCAGCCUCACUGGGUGGUUCACUUCCUACUACGGGAAAAAAUAAUUUUUUCAAAAAUUUCCGCCUCGUUUAAUAUCAACGGAUGUUAUUUCCUUCAAAAGCAGAGGAUUUACUGAGUCAGCUCAUCAGGGAUCAGAUCAAGGUGUUUCACAUGUGACCCUCGUGGAAACUGACCAAUGGGGAUUGGUCUGCAACAUAUUACCUUCACGAACUGUAGCGAGAAAUAUUUUCCUGAUGUCUUCAAAGUAAAAUUAGUUUUUUUAAUUACCGGUAAAGGAUCCACCUUACUUAUUCAUUGAGUCUUAAAAUGUAUUUUUUCAAUGGAUAAGUGACUUUGUGGGGUUCAGAUCUGUGAAAAUAAAAUUUUAUUCGGCUGUAUAUGUUUAUACAGGCUGAAUAUUUUAAAAAUCAUUGUGCAAUAAUAUUUUUGUUUCAUGGCAAGAUAAUUUAUUGGGUAUGUAUUUUGUCAUUUUUACCCAGAGUGCUCUUGUUUUAUCCUGAAGUAACUUGAAAGUCUUAGAUUUUUUUCAUUGGAGCCAGUGUUAAUAUUUAUAAAAAAAAACAAUCUUAAUGAUAGAAUUUUAAUGUAACAAACUUCUUGUUUUGUAUUGUUGUAAUUGUUGCUUAAAAUUGAUUUAACCUUGCUGACUUUAGGCUUAACAUAAUUUUUUUCUAAAUUGUAUGAUAAUUUCUAAAGUUUUACAGUUAAAUUUUCUGACAUCAUUGUUGUUUUUUUUAAAAUGAUCCGUAGCAACUGUGGUGAAAAUUUUAUUUGAAAUGUAGGCUAAAAUUACUUAUAAAUUGAGUGAAGUGCUGUACAAAAUAUGGAAAAGUGGUUCAACUAGCAAUAUUUAUAUAUGCAACAUUUUUAAAGUCUGGUUACAACUUGCGCUUUUUAAAUGUGAAAUACAUCUGCCUUUGUGCAUUUAUUGUUUCAUCUGUUUUUAAAUAUUUUUAAAAGAACUUCUAAGUUUUUUUUUGUUUAUAAAAUACAUUUAUGUAUUUAUUGAUUACCAUAAUUUGCUUACUUUUAAAUAGAUGAUAUGCUUCAAUAUUGAUUCUCAUGAACCAUAAACUAAUAUUUUUUGGUUUUGAAAAAAAAAACUUAAUGAGGUAAUACAUAAACAAAAUAUAAAUUUGUAGUUAGUUUUGGACAACAGUUUUAUAAGAUUUCAUUAUAUAAUGUUUGGAGGAAAAUGGGAGUACAUUUUCUAUUCUUUUAUGCAUCAACAAUUAAUUUGCUAAUUUUUCUCUAAAAGCCGUGGGAAAUUUUGUUUAUAAUUUACAUUAGUGAUACUUCAUAGUCUGUUUCAACCUUCAUGAUCAAGCCACAUUACAGGAGAUUUCUAGGCUGUUAUGGGUUGCUUAUCUUUUGAUAGCCAUUUAAAUUUUAAUUAAGCGUUUUUUUCUUCCGACAUUCGGAUCAUAGGACUGCAUGAAAUGUGAGUGUAACGACCACUCACAGCUUCAGCAUUAUCAAUUACUUUAGAAAGAGAUUACAAAAUACAUCUGCCAACUUUUUCACUUCUCUGAAUGUGAAGUUAAAUUUUUUGUUGUGUACUAAGAUAAAAGAUCUCUAGCCCUAUUAGCAAUACUACAUAUUAAAGAUUUUUUUUUAACCUGCACAAAUCGUAUGAGGCAUAUUUGAUUUUGUUGCCCUCGUGUAUACAUAUUUAUGAAGACAAACUCAACUAUGCUGCCUCAUCCCUAUAUUAUAUAUAUAUAUUUAUAUGUAUAUAUAUAUAUAUUUAUAUGUAUAUAUAUAUAUAUAUAUGUAUAUAUAUACAUAUAUAUGUAUAUAUACAUACACAUGUAUAUAUAGAAAACUGCAACCUGGGUGUACAUUCCCUAUGCGUCACCCAAUAGUGCUAGCCUUCGCCCCUCUUGUGAGUUUUUAUUAAAAAACCACAACUCAAUAAAUGUGAAAACAAAGCACUUUUUUUUUAUUUGUUGAACAAAUGAAAACAGCUUUGUAUUGUUUUGUUUACUGCCAUCGGUGGCAGAACUAUUGCUGUACAUAAUUUAGAUUUGCCAUAGCCUUUCAUACCGUGCUACACGCACUUUUUGUUGUUUUUAAUUCUUUUUUUUUUGUACAUCGUGGUCCGUGACUUAUCCAUCUUUCAUGGAAAUUUUUUUUUUUAUACAUCCUUUGACAACCGGUGCUGAUUUACUGAACUAUUCCAAAACAUAGUGUCCAAGAAAUGAAUAGAAUCGCCCUGUACAUUAUGCUUCCCCCCCCCCCCCCCCCUAGCUGCGCCACUAUGGUGUGAUUUAAACAAUUCAGUUUUUGUACAUCAAAAUUUCUUGCUCUACAAUUCAUUACUUUCUUUGAAGUGCAGCUUUUUUUUAAUUUAAAAAAAAAAAUUUUAUCGUUUCAAUUUUCACAUUCGUACCUUUUCAUCUUAAUUUCCAUUCAUGUUCAUUUAAUGAUAAAUGAUGUGAGGUAUAUAUUUUGAAAAUUAAACAAUGUGUUCAGAAGUGAGUCCAC